AUGGGCCUCGACUCCAUGGUAGAGGUCACGGCGUCGGAGCCAAGCUCGAUCAUCGAGACCAAGGGCGAGCAUGUCAACGACGGUUCUCCCAAAGACCGCGAGCCGGUGUAUCCCAAAGGGUUCCAGCUCACCAUUAUCGCCAUUGCGCUUGCUCUAGCCCUCUUCCUCAUCGCGCUGGACAUGACCAUUAUUGCCACGGCUAUUCCUAAAAUCACCGAUGAGUUCCAGGGCCUCGACAAGGUCGGCUGGUACUCCUCCGCUUUCUUCGUCACUAUCGGCUCCUUCCAGUCCUGCUGGGGCAAGAUUUACAAACACUUCCCCCUCAAGUUCUCCUUCCUGACGGCCAUUCUCAUCUUCGAGAUCGGCUCCGCCAUUUGCGGCGCCGCGCCUAACUCCAACGCCCUCAUCGUCGGGCGCGCCAUUGCCGGCCUCGGCGCGGCGGGCGUCAGCGCGGGCAGCUACACCAUCAUCGCCUACUCGGCGUCCCCCGAGAAGCGGCCCCUCCUGGCCGGCGUGCUGGGCAUCUCCUACGGCUUCGCUAACGUCCUCGGCCCCCUGAUCGGCGGCAUAUUCUCCGACAAGGUCUCGUGGCGGUGGUGCUUCUACAUUAAUCUGCCCGUCGGCGCCGUCUCCAUCGCAAUCAUCCUCUUCUUCUUCCACGAUCCGCCCGAGUCGAAGCCGGAAGCCGUCACCCUCCGCGAGAAGAUCCUGCAGAUGGAUCUCCUCGGUGUCGCGCUCCUCAUCGCCGCGACAGUGUGCUUUAUCCUCGCCACGCAGUACGGCCAGGGCCAGUACAGCUGGGGUAGCGCGAAAGUUGUCGGCCUCAUCGUCGGGUUUGUUGCGAUCCUGGCGCUCUGGGUGGCCAACGAGUGGUUCAUGAGCGAGCGGGCCAUGGUCGUGCCGCGCAUCUUCAAGAGGCGCACAAACAUGGUUAUGGCGGGCGUGGCCACGGCCAUUGGUGGCUCGUUCUUCCCCGUCGUGUACUAUGUGCCCAUCUACUUUCAGAGCAUUGACGGCACGACGCCCAUCAUGUCGGGCGUGCGAAACCUGCCCAUGGUCAUUGCCGUGACGUUUGGUAUCUUUAUUGCGGGCGGCGUCAUCUCGAAGACGGGGAGGUACCAGUACGUCUUGCUGUUUUCGCUGGGCCUCGCCACGGUCGGCGCGGGUCUGCUUUACACGUUUGAUCUACACACGUCCGCCGGCAAAUGGAUCGGCUACCAGAUCCUCAGCGGCGUCGGCUGGGGUCUUGCCUAUCAGAUCCCGUUGAUCGUCGGUCAGGGUUCUUGCGCACCGACUGACAUGGCGCUGAUUACUGCGACACUUCUCUUCUUCCAAUCCUACGGCGCUGCCAUCCUCAUGUCCGGCGUGCAGGCCGCUUUUGUGAAUCAAAUGAUUUCUAAGGUCAUGCAAUUGGAUCCUACCAUCAGCAAAAACCUGCUUGUUUUGACAGGUGCGACCGAUAUCUACAGGGUCUUCCAUGGAGAUCAACUGCAAGUCGUUCUGGUCGGCUAUAUGCACGGGCUCAGGGUUGUCUAUGCCACCGCUAUUGCCACCAUUGGCGUCGGCUUCCUCAUUGCCUUGGGCCAGCCGUGGAAGAAACUGAACCAAUCUGCCGAGGUAAAGGCUGCCAUCGUCGCUUAG